AUGAGCGAAUAGACUAAAUUUCGCAUUCUUAAAACCAUUUAACCAACGUAACAGUACUAACCCACAUGGCCGACUCAAAGAUCUGAUUCUUCCAACGAGAGACUUACUAGGUUAGAGCGAGAUUCCCUCCCGAAUUUAAAAAGUUCGUAACAGUAUUCCAACAUUUCCUACAGGCAAGCCUAAAAGCAUAAACCACUCUCUCAAGGGGUAUUUUAUGGAUCUCCAUUGCUUGCCCAAAAUUAGUUGGAAAUCAUAGAUAAGAUGAAAUGCUAAGCCCGUAAUGAUUUCUAUGGCCAACUGAAAAGUAUUGAUCCUUAUCAAUAUCCUACACGCCUAUCAGACUUGUAUCUCUCCCCUAAAUCACUAAGAGAGCCUACUGUGGAAGUGCACAUCCCUACCGAAUUAAAAGAACCCCAUCUCUCAUUAGGUAAUUUUAGCAGUAAUCUCUCUAAGCAUAACCCAAGAGAUAAAAUUCAUAGAGGUAUUCCAUAGAAGCACGACAUUAAAUCGCUUGCCAUUUGGGUUGAUCUAAUGGUGCAAUAGAUCAUAGAGAAGUACAGCGGUCAAAAGCAAAUUGAUUUCUAUGAAGAAGUGCAAAAUGUUCUCACUCUCUGUUUAAAAGAAUUAAUCAGGCAAAUCAGCAUUGAUUGCAUUGAAAGGAGUGUGUUGUUGGAGAAGAUUUGGGCACAAUACGUAGAAAUCAAUUCAACAGUCAUCAACCAAGUGGUCAACGAGAAGAAGGAAAUCGAAAAACAAAAUCUCAAAUAAAUAAUGAAAACACAUUAAUUGUAUCAAUACGAAAUUGAUAAUUUUUAAAUAAUAAUUUCAAAUCAGAAAGAAGAGUAAUCCAAGCUUACAGAAAAGUUAAUCAAAUUAAAAGACAAUGGCAAAUACCUCAAGAAAACCAACAGAAACCUAUAAAACACAAUCAGAGAACUCAAAUUCCAAUUAAACGAUUACACUACCUCCAAUAAGUAUUUACUAAAUGAAGUCGAAAAUCUGAAAUAACAAAUCAAAGAAAAUGAAAUUGACAUCCACAACUUCCAAUAAUCCUCCCAAAUCAAUUAAAGAGCCUCCUCUCCCAAUGUAAGUGAGCACUCCCCUCUUUAAUUUCCAUAGCAAUUCAAAAUUAUCUCAGCAGGUGCACAUUAAUCAUUCAAUAUCGAAAUUGAAGAACAAUUGAAAGAUGCCUUAAAAAGCGAUUCAGACACUAAUCUAUCGAAUUUCGAAGAUAUGCUCAUGAAUUAGGCUACUGAUACCACUGAUCUAAUUGCAGUAAUGAACUUAUACAAAGAGUAAUCCACUUAAACUUUUGCAUCCAAUACGCAACCUGAACCGAAAUCUAUACUUCUACCUGAUUUUAGACAUAAUGUUGUCCAGACAGAUUCUAGCAUGAACAAUGCUGUUGAAAAAGAAGUACAAACCGAACUACCCACAGAGAUUCUUGAGGAUAUAAAAAGCGAAGAAGAUCAACUAUUUCAAUUCCAGGAGCAACUGAUUAAAACUUAAGAGAAUUAUAAAUAACUUAUGGAAGGGGAACAAUUAGAUAGUCCUGAUCUUAACUAAAUGUCAUCUCUACUAUUAAGCUUAGGUGAUGCUUCAUCUAAAAUGAAACAAGCAAUACAACACUCCAGGGAAUAUAGAACCAGCUUAUUGCUUGUUAAUAGUGCAUAGAAGGAUGAAAAUUAAAGAAAACUUAAUGAGUUACAAUUAUUGAAAAUUACUAAUGAAAAUCUUUAGUAAAAUUUGGAAUCUGCCAAAAAUGAAAUUAUAGAAUUGGAAAGUCAUUUAGAACUAUAAGAAUAGAUCAACGCUAAAUUGGAGAGAAAGUACAAUAAAAUAAAAGACAAGAAGUAAUAACUUAUUGAAAAAACCACUAAUUUAAUCAAUCAAUUAACAAAAACCCAAUAGUUCACCAAUAUAAUGAAAAAGAAAGUUUAAGAGAAGAGAAUAAGCAGUUUUGGUUAGAUGAAAUAACCUAACUCCUCCUAAUCAUAGAGUCAAUUGCCAUCAGCUUCAGAAAUAUCUUCGAAUUUUUAAUAAUAAUAGUUCUUAUCUAGUAAUCCCUCAAAUCAAUCAUAAUACCUUGUAGCUUCAUCACCUAGAAGAUAAUAACAAUUGGGUUCAUAAUCCAGUAGGAAAUAAAAUAAACCAGAGGGUUCACCUAAUGGAAUCAUAAGGGAAGAGUUUUCAGGCUAGGAAAUAAGUGCACCGAAAAAGAAGUGGAAUAUUUAAAUUACAAAUACUGAGGAGCAAUAAAAGGAAUCUGAUAAUGAGAGUGACUUGUCAUAAUCUUAGAUUACAUUCUAAUAAAGUCUUUCAAUAGUUUAAGAUGAUGUCAUUUCAUAACGAAGUUUUGCAUCAAAUCGAAGGUCAUCCCAACUUUAGGUACAAGCUAAUUCUCCGGGAAUUAAUCAAUUGAAGGCGAAUAAUGGAAACAAUAGAUAAGGACUAAAAUCAGCAAAGAAGAGUGUUCCAAAUAAUCUGAAUAAUGAAAAUCUAAAGGUGAUCUCGGACACUUUGAGAAAAUUUCUGAAUGAGGAGCUAGAUAACAGUGAGGCUUCAAGCAUUGAUUCAUCAUUCUCAUCCAAAAUGGAGGCUUAUUCCAAAAGGAAAUCAGAAAGGCAACAGAAGAAGAGAUAAAUCACUUAAACAUAAGCCCCAAAGUUUCAAAAUAGAAAUAAUGCUGAAUCCACAUCUUAACUCAACUUCUAGAGAUCAAAAUAUUUGGUUACUUUUUUGGCUGAGCGUUUUGCUAAAAAUCCAAAGCUAGCCACGCCCAAGAUGCAGAGGAUAAAUGUUUUGAAAUUCAUUUCACAAUUCUACUGCGAGAAGAUUAAGCAAUAUUAGAACAAAAACACUCCACUACACCAAAUAUGUUAUGAGCAUUUUGUCAAUACUUAUGGAUUCAAGAGUAUGGCUGAACAAAAGUUAACAAAUUUCUACCAAUCUGUAUACUUUUAUAGAGAGAAUUUCAGAAUCAACCUCUUUGGAAGAUUUCUGGAAUUACUGAGUCCUCUAACGUUGGAUGAUUUGGAUAUUUACAUUUAGUCUUUGAAAAUUCUGGAUGAAAAUGAAAUAGCUCUUCACAUGGCAUCAGUCGUAAAUGAAAAAGGUGUACUAGUAACACUGGAAAAGGCUAUAGCAUCCUUGGAUAUCCAGCACUAAUGCUUGGGAUUGGAAAUCAAGGAUCGAAUUAUAAAGGAUAUACGUUCCAACACUUAUGAGAGGAAGAACAAAAUAUGUGUGGAUGUAGAUUUCUUUAUUAGCAAAUUGUUGAAUGGCUAUCAUUAGUACAAAUUAACACAUUAAGCUCACUUCGAAGAAGUAUUUUAUUCAGCUGACAUGGAUAUGGAUGGGAUGAUAGAGUUCCAAGAGUUUCAAAAAUUAUAUUUGCACUUUGAAAUUAAUUAAGGAACUUAAUCAAAUAAAAAGAUGAUUAGAACACAAUUUAUGGAAAGAUGUGACACUGUAUCAAAUGAGAGUGGGGAAAAAGCUAUGUCCUUCGAUCGAUUUGUUACAUUCUCUUUAGAAAACAAUAUAUUUUCAGAAGAAAAGUUUUCAAAAUUCUCAAAAAACGUUGAUUCUAAUGAUCCAAUUAAGAAUUUGAAUGAUCUGAAGGAGAAUUGGCUAAAUAUUUAAUCGUUGUUGAUGAGCAGGAUAAAUUUAAGUGAGCCAAACGAAGGUGAUUACUAUCAGAGUAUAAUUCAAAAGUUGGAUCAAGCUUUGAAAAACAAGGAAUUAAAAGAAAGUUUUUGGAUUUCGUAUAGGAUCUUAGAUGCAGAUACGAAGGCACUUUACUUAAGUAAAGUAGCAGCUGAUCUAAUCCCUGAGGAUUUACUUUAUAUUCAAGAGUUGGUGAGUGAAAUUUGUGAUGACAAUAUUGAGAUUGAUUGA